AUGUCUGAGAAGAAAUGGCCAGAUGCGCGAGUCAAAUAUGAACUCCACGAACAUUUGGCUCGUAGAAACAUUCACUUCGAUUCGAAAACUUCUCGAGAUGAGAUGAUUUCUCUCUUGGAAAGGCACGAUGUUUCGUAUGAAGAAGUCAUGGCUGAGGGCAGAAUGCAAAGCGAGUCCAAACUGCCAUUUCCGCCAAAGGCUCAACGUGACCCGAGCCCAAAUGACGAGUGGCGCACAAAGCGACCGAAAGUAGCGGCCGAAAAGCUACCUAAAGCUGAGCUAGAGUUCCUGCGACAUGCCAAGACUCCGGACCUCCUCCCCAACUUAUGGAAAUUACCUGAAGCUGAUAGGGAAAGCAUUCUCAUCAGCUCUGGUUUGCAUUUCAAGAGUUCUUAUCCAGAGAGGGAUGUUCUUCAGUUUUGGUUCUAUGCGGACCAUGCUAUUGAGCAACAUGGAAUAAGUGAAGAGGGGGAUGAAAUGAUUACCUCAUUUCUUAAUAAUCCCCUCAUGUGGGAGGAUAUCACUUGGAGCGAAGAUGAAGAUGAUCGCAAUCUCAUAAACGCUCGCAUGAAGAAGGCCUUCGGCCGCCUGAAUGCCCUCAGAGCGCAGUAUCCUGACGAGAAGUCUGACAGGGAUAAUGACGGCUCCAAGGGUGAUGACGGCUCCAAGGGUGAUGACGGCUCCAAGGGUGAUGACGGCUCCAAGGGUGAUGACGGCCCUAAGGGCGGUGGCAUCGAAUAUGAUUCGAAGGAACGUCGCGAUUGGAGAGCGCAGUUUCACGGUAGAGGAUCACCCGAAGCUAACCGGAUGGAACUCAAAGACCCUGAAAAUGACAAAGAUGUUAUUGCAGAUAUUUUAGGACGCCACCCAGUCCGGAAGACUUGGUUGGCCAUUGCAUUGCCAAGCUUGAAUGAAGAGUACCCAAAGUUAUCCCGAGGCUACUAUAUCAACGCUGGCGCUGUUUAUCCCGAAGCCUUCUCAAGAUAUGUCAAGGAAGGUGCCAACAUCACCCUAUCUACAGCAACACACAAAAGCCAGAUGGAGAACUGUCCCUAUGAGAAAUUCGAGCUCAAUCUGGUGUUGUGCAUGCCUUGGGGCGACAAAUGGCAUUACCAAGGCUAUGGCAUUCCACACUAUGUGGAUGACCGAGAUUUCGUGUUAUGGUCUAAAGGCCUCCUUAUCCAAUGCUGGAAGUCAGCAGCAAUGGAGGUGCUGCACGACCACAUGAUCAAGGCUGGACAAACCAUUCCCAUGACAAGCGACGUCAUAAAUCGCAUCAAGCCUAAAUCUUGGAGGAAGUGA